CUUACAUCGUUCUCGUAGCAACUAAAACAGAGAAGACACUCAUUAUCUCGUACGGUCUCAAACUUAAACAUGGCGUUAGAGAAAAGCAAGAUCCUGGUGAUCGGAGGGACUGGUCACAUCGGCAAACUCAUUAUAGAAGCGAGCGUGAAAGCACGGCACUCCACCUUGGCUCUCGUUAGAGAAGCCUCUCUCUCCGAUCCCGUCAAAGGCAAAAUCGUCCAGAAUUAUAAAGAUCUCGGCGUCGCAAUACUACACGGGGAUUUGAACGAUCACGAGAGCUUAGUGAAGGCCAUUAAACAGGCCGAUGUGGUUAUAUCAACCGUCGGGAGCAUGCAAAUCUUGGAUCAAAUCAAGAUUAUUUCAGCCAUUAAAGAAGCCGGUAACGUCAAGAGAUUCUUGCCGUCUGAGUUUGGGAUGGACGUAGGGAGGUCGAGUAAGGUUGAGCCAGCGAAGUCGGCUUUUGCGAGGAAACUAGAGACCAGGAGAGCCGUUGAAGCGGGAGGAAUACCAUACACUUACAUUGUUACCAAUUACUUGUCCGGUUACUACUUGCCCACAUUGGUACAAUUCGAGCCUGGUCUCUCUUCUCCUCCUAGAGACAAAGUCACAAUAUUUGGCGAUGGAAAUACCAAAGCUGUGUUCAACAAGGAGGAAGAUAUUGCUGCUUAUACGAUCAAAGCCGUGGAUGAUCAGAGGACUCUGAAUAAAACUCUCUACAUUAACCCUCCUAACAACACUUUGUCCAUGAACGAGAUAGUCACCUUGUGGGAGAAAAAGAUUGGCAAGUCUCUUGAGAAGACUUACUUGUCAGAGGAACAAAUCUUUAAGAGCAUCCAAGAGUCUCCGGUUCCCAUCAAAAAUCUUUUGGCCAUAAACCACUCUGUGUUUGUGAAGGGAGAUCAGACCAAUUUCACUAUAGAGCCUUCUUUCGGUUAUGAAGCCUCUGAGCUUUACCCUGAUGUCAAAUACACUACUAUUGAUGAGUAUCUCAGUUAUUUUGUUUGAGGUACUUGAUCAUAAAUCACCUUGUGUACCACCAUGACAAUAGUUUCAUGUUUGUAUCAAUAAAAAUGAUUCUUGUGAUA